AUUCAGUUACUGUUUACUCCUCUAUGAGAAAAAUCUCGAAAUGUUUGAAGAAAAAAAAUUAAAAAAAAAAAAGAAGAAAUUAGUAAAUACCAGCAGAGUUUUUAAUUUUUAAAAAUUUUAAAAAGGCAUCUCCCUCCCACAGCGAGUACGCCCCCAGCCCACCCUUCACAUACAUACACGUACGUAAGUACGCGUACGUAAAUGCGCGUACGUAUAUAGGCGUACAAAUAUACACGUACGUAUAUACACGUUCUUUUAUGUACAUUUAUGUACAUACAUUUCCCCGCGCGCGUGUUUAUCCUGCCGAACGUUCGUAUGUUUAUCCCCCAUGUGCGCAUAAGCACUUGUGUAUAUAUCUAUAUAUGUGAAGUUGCGAAAAUGUGAAGUAUACGCACAGGUACACGGAUUUAUAUGCGUGUAUGUAUGUAUAUCUAUUAUUUAUAUGUAUGUUUUGUGUACCUCCUGUGUGCCUUUUUUUACGCCUCCUCCUCCCGCAGUGGCCCCUUUAAUUUUUUAACUCAGUCGUAAACCUGUUUUUAAUUGUUUGUGGUGGGUUCCGUGUUUUGGCAGUGUUUGUGACGCCGCACGGAGGGUACGCAUAUGCAUAUAUAUGUAUAUGCAUAUGCAUGUUUAUGUGUACCUGUACAUGCGCGUAUGUACCUGUGUGCAUAUGUAAGUGCACACGUCGCGAAGGACACCAUCGCGCACCCCUCCUCACUGUAGUACGUACUUAACUCGACUGCCACGUCGAGGCACGGUUUAAAUGCCACAGGCGUUGCAACGGUCGCGCGGACUUGGCCAGAGGAUUGCGCACGAAUUGGAAAGUGUUUUCCAGGGAAGGCAGCAGGUUGGCAGUGGUGAGCGUAGCGGAGAAGUGGUUCGAAGUGGGUAGAAGUGGACUGAAGUGGUCUGAAGUGAUCUGUAGUUCUCUGAGGUUGGUCAGAAUAGGCCAGAAGUAGCACCCAGAAGAGCGAAAGGCUCGAAGCAUACUACGCGGCUCACUCCGCACCAACCCUGUCAACUCACGUAUUGCAGCACGCACACUGCAGCUCACACGAUGGGGCCCUACAUGCACCAGAGGAACCAGCCCAUGUCGCUGCUGAUCCGGAAGCUCAAGUACGACACGUCGCCGUCGAUGGUACGAGAGAAGUUUAAAAAAUAUGGAGCGAUCAAAGAUGUGUACCUACCGAUAGACUACUACACCAAGGAGCCGAGAGGCUUCGGAUUUGUCGAAUUUUACGACCCCAAAGAUGCCGAGCAAGCCCUAAAAGAAAUGAACGGUUCAGAAAUAGAUGGAAAUCGAAUUGAAGUUUUUGUAGCCCAAAAGGGAAGGUCAGAUCCAAGGCUUAUGAGAUAUAAAGAAAAGGGAGGAGGAAUUCCCCCAGGACCGUAUCCCUAUAGAAAAUACUCGGAUUAUAGAAUGAGAAAGAGAUACAUUUCGAAGUCGAAUUCUAGAUAUAGAUCCUACUCUAGGGAUAAGAUAAGAAGGAGAGAUGAUAGAUCAAGGGAAAGGAUUAGGUACAGAAAUAGCUACGAUAGAAGGAUGGAAAGUUAUAGGGAUAAAAAAAGCUAUUACCCCAAGAGUAGCUACAAUAAGUACCGAAAUAAAGAUUACGACCGAAGUUGCAGUAGGAGCAGACGGUCAAGAGAUUACAGAAAUGAAAGCCCAAGAUAUAAAGAAAAGAGGAGGUAUGAUAAGUACUACAGAAGUAGCAGCAGAAGAGUGAGCAGAGGGGGGGGUGCUGGAGACGAUAAGUACGAACGUAGGAGCAGACAUGAUAGAAAGGAUAAUCAUAAUUAUAAGUCCAAAUAUGAUAGUAAUGAUGAAUAUAGUGAUGAAACUAGAAAUUCUAGCAAGCAUUCAAAAAAGCAACAUGUGUCUAAGUCUAUAUCUUUUAAUACAGACAAGGAGGAGGCCAGAAAAAAAAAUGACAAUGCUAAUGAUAAGGAUAAUUCUAAGGAUUGGCGCGAGAGCGAAGAGAGGAAUGAUGAGCAUAGCAACAGGCGGGAGUCCGUGAAUAGCCAGGACGAGGAGUCAAGUUAG